AUGGCAGAGGCGGUCACCGGGUUUCGCAUUAUCGGUGACAUGCACGACCGGUACUGGAAAUGUUACAUGUUUUACGACAUCGGAAGCGAAAAACUCCCCUCCGGCGCUCAUCUCUGUAUGCCCCUCAGACAUAAUGGUCACUCUUUAAGUCAAAGAAAGUGUCUUGAGGGAUUUCUUGUGCUCCAGGCUCUCAAUCUAGUACUUUCGGAGACCGAGACGGUCCUCCAUUUUAUGGCUGAGUCUAUGGGGAUCAAGGUAAGUUUAUUGGUAGGAAAAUUUCUAACGGUGUUACCCAUACGCUGAUUAGCUAUUUGUUCAAAGGGAGAAUCGAAAACUCUUUUCAGCCCAUUACUUAGGGAAGACGACCUUGGUGGGGAGAACUACUUUAAAACCAUGAACAGGAACAGUGUGUUCUUUCUCUGGCUAAUUGAAGUUUAUGGUACUCUGUGGGGUAAGUGUAUCGAGAGCCGUAACGUUGCGGAACAAUGGAUACCAGCAGAGCAGACACGAAAGUACAAGCCUCGGUGGUCCGAAAAGGACCAAAAGACCUUUGAUGAAGAGGUCGCAGAAUAUCGAAUGGAGGUGAAAGCGCGCUGUCUUAAGCUGGAGAAAAUGGCCAAGAGUUUGCAGGAGCGGAUUGACAGGAUAAAGACUCUUAAGGACUUUGUAGACAUCCUACCAAGGCUUGACAGUGCUGGGCGGGAAGUGGUGUGCUAAUAAUGAGAUUAACUGUCAAGUGAGCUAGCGCUUCGAGAGGCAAGAACCUCAACAUAACUCGCAUACACGGUGAAUAUUUUUGCUGUUGUUACAACUAUUUAUUUGCCUUUAACGCCCCCCGCCGUACGUCCCUGCCUCCUCUCGCAAGGUGAUGGUAAGCAUAUUGAGCUGGUGCCCAUAGAGUGUUGUCGCUAUACAAGACUUCCAUUGGCCAUCUCCCGCAAAGGCUCUUAUCACAAUCACCCUCGCCGUCGCCCUUGGCAUCGUAGUGCUCCUGAUGAAUAUCUCCUUGCUCCGCCGCAGCCUUGCAGCCCUGAAAACCUGGGCCCAAUGUUCAGUCCGCCGGAGAAUGGAGAAGGUCCCUAAGUCCAAAGCCAUUUAUAGGGGAUCUGUCCUCGGGGAAAAGCACCCGGAUUGGACAUGCUGGAAUCAGCUUGCCCACAGCCUUGACGAAGCUGAAAAGCGCACGUUUCUACCGGUCACUGCCAGUCCUGGAAGCGAGAGCGGCUGCUGGUACUGGUACUUUAUGGCGAUAUUCAUCAUAAUUUUGGUUCCCCUGCAAGAGCUAACCUUCAUAAUCCGCACAUUCCACAGGAAUGAGAAUUCUGGUCCCUUGCAAGAGUUUAUGAGGAUUCCUUGGGCCCCUAUAUGGAUCUUACAGUUGUCGCUCGUGUACGUGGUCAUGCUUGUCGGGUAUGAGGUCCACCUUUUGGUGGGAUCGGUGUACCGCUUGGGGGUCUGGUUAUGGGCUGGGAAGGGCAUCGCUACGGGCAAGAAGGCCCCGCCAGGGCAGAGGUCGGAGCCCAGACCCGAUAGUGCGCAAGAAGAUAGAGGGUUGGUUAGCUGGUUGAUGAGACCGGCGAGGGCAAUGCAGUUUCUUAUUGAUGCCGAGGCUCUUAGGUCCAAGGGGCAGGGAGUCGAUGUGGAAAGGGUAGUUAGUAGUUUGCAUAUUGGAGGAGUUCAGUGUCAUGAAUUUAUCCUUGUAGGACAAGUAAGGGGCCGUUUGGCGUUACCUAUUUGUGUUGCUGGCAACCAUAGUUUGACUCAAACUGUGGUUCAUAACCACAGUCCUGUUUGGUAGAUCUGAAUUUAAAACAAUAGUUUGCAACUGGUGCAAACUAUGGUUUCAAUGUUAGUAAAAUUAGGUAUAGGUUUAUUGAGAAAAUAGAGUUAGAAUAUUUUUUCUUAAAAAAAAAACAUACAGCAGAGCCUCGUUUAAUCUCUGCUAAGACUGUAAAGUUUCUGCCUUUCAAUAGAGAAACCUUUACACCAUCUCCAUCAUACACUAUGCAAACUAAUUUAUUCUGCUUCUAACAUUCUUCUUUUUUACUUCACUCUAUUACUGCAAAAACUCCUAUGUCAGCUGAAAGAAAUUCCUACCAGCAGCGUCCAUCCAAGGCCUUCUGGUCCAAGGCUGCUGAUAGAGUACUUAUUGAUGAAAUGCUCAAGCAGUGCAGAAAUGGAAAAAAGAUAGAUAAUGGAUUUAAACGAGAAGUUUGGAAUGAAAUUACAACCAACUUCAAUAGGAUCAGAGCACGAGAGGACAAUCUGAUUGUUGGACAAAUUAAAAAUUGA